AUAGGUGGAACUGGGCUAUUUGCUUCUUUCCGUGGUAGCCCAGUGAGAAAUUUACAUUUUGACUUGCUCUCACCAUGGCUUUGGUUCACAAAUUGCUGAAUGGCGCUUAUAUUCUCAGAAAAUGCCUGAAGCUGAGUGUUGCAUCAUAUCCACUUUGGGGUAGUCGCUUUGCAGACUAUUGUUCCAGUAGUCUUCAGAAACCAGUGGCUGUUUCUGGCAAAGCUUCCUCUCAGAGGAAGACUGAAGGGGAUUUGCAAGGACAUCACCAGAGAGAUGUUGCUUUGGAUAUAACUUCUCCUGAGGAGAAGCCUGAAGUUAGUUUUGAUAAAGCAAUUAAAGAUGAGAUAAAGGACCAUUUUUCACGUUUGAAGGAUGAUAUUGUGAAUCAUUGGAUAGGGCCUGAAGGCCGCCCUCUGCAUGAGGUCUUCCUGGAACAAGCCAAGGUUGUCUGGAAGUUCCGUGGAAAAGAAGAUUUGGAUAAGUGGAUAGUGACUUCUGAUAAGACAAUUGGAGGCAGAAGUGAAGUGUUCCUGAAAAUGGGCAAGAAUAACCAAAGUGCACUACUGUAUGGGACUCUGAGCUCUGAGGCGCCUCAGGAUGGGGAGAGUGGCCGCAGUGGGUACUGUGCAAUGAUAUCCAGGAUUCCAAGGGGCCCUUUUGAGAGAAAGAGGUCUUAUGAUUGGUCCCAGUUUAACACGCUGUAUCUCCGUGUCCGUGGUGAUGGUCGGCCGUGGAUGGUGAAUAUCAGGGAGGACACGGAUAUAAUCCAGAGGAAGAAUCAGAUGUACAGUUACUUCAUGUUCACCCGUGGGGGGCCCUACUGGCAGGAGGUCAAGAUUCCUUUCUCCAAAUUUUUCUUCUCUAAUCAAGGAAGAAUCCGGGAUGCCCAGUACCAGCUUCUGCUUGACAAGAUCUCUUCUAUUGGAUUCACCCUGGCUGAUAAAGUGGAUGGUCCAUUCUUCCUGGAAAUAGAUUUUAUUGGAGUGUUUACUGAUCCAGCCCACAAAGAAGAAUUUGCCUAUGAAAAUUCUCCAGAGCUUAACCCAAGACUUUUUAAAUAGAGAUCUUGUGGUAGUUUUGUAUUACUAAACUAAACGUCAUAGGAUCCAUGAUGACAGACAAAAUAAAAGUAUUUCUUUUGAUGGCAUCCAA